GCACCCUCGCCCCGUUUGUUUGUUUGCGUUAACAACUUAAAGACUGAUUUUUUUUUUUUUUUUUUUUUGUGGUUGUCGGAAGAGGGGGGGGGGGGGUUUGUUGGGAAGGAGGAGGAGAAGGAAGCGAGCGGACACUUGACAGAAUAAUGAGUCAGUUAGCAUUAGCCCCUUUUAAAAAAAUGGCACGUCCGGCCACUUUUACACCGAUUGAGGCUUGUUUGUUUGUUUUUUGUUGUUGUUGUUGUUGCCCAGUUGGCCGCCACAUUGUCGCUCUUCUCGCUCGCUCUCUCGCUCGGCCCCCCUCCUCCUCCUCCUCCUCCUCCUCCGAGCUAGCUGUUAGCCUAGCAGCCCAAAAUGGCCUCGUCGCGGGAAACAAAAGCGAGCUCGGAGCGCCGAUCGGUCGCCAACAUAGCGGGCCUCCGUCCCCGUCCGGUACCGUCGACGGAGAACCGGGAGGGAUGAACCCGACGGGGAGAGCCGAGUUGUUGAGUAAUGACGGCCGCCGAGGCAGGAGGAGCAGGGCCUCUCCGCGGUGGGGGAUGGGACGGGACGGGGCACGCUAGCGGCCAUCGACGGACGGCCAGACUGCGUCUUGUGGACGCCGACCGACGCUUUAUUUACGUCGUUUUUCCUGCGCUUUUGACAAGUCCCAAUACGCCAUUGAAAAUCCCAUUCGGCCGUUCGAUGCGCGGCUCGUUUCGUCAAAACAUCGCGAUGUGGCUCAUCACAUGAGAGCGUUUGUGGUCGUUUUGAAAAUCACAUUUCAAGCCUUGUAUUAACGCUUUGCCUCAUCACAGCGGCUUGUUGGCUAACGUGCUUAUAUAACGUCCUCAUCACAGGUUCAGAAUACAGUCAGAAGGCCAAGAUUGGUACAAUCCAAAUCUCCACCUCUUUGUACUCUUACAAGUUCACACACAAAGUACUUGACUGUACAUACAUAAAGAGAGACGAAAGGACAGCGAGUGAAGUGACUCAGUACAGCAGCAGCAGCGGCAGCGGCAGCGGCAGCGUGCUGUUGACUCUUCCUGUUACGUUGCCAAGUUUCAAACUGUCUGGCCGGCCUUCUUCUUUUCUGUUUUAGAACCUACAUUGUUUUCAUAUAAUUUUACAAUCGACUUGCCAUCCCAACAAUACGGCGUGAUCAGAGACGCGUUGUGAAAUUGAAACGGCCAAAAAGUCAGCGACCGUUUCCAAAGUUUUGUGAAUUGUGUUGCCGCAAUUUGGCUAGUUGACACAAUCUUGCCCCCCCCCCCCCACUCAUUUUCUCUGCCUGCCAUUUUCGAGCGGAACUACACCAGGCGAAAGACCGACGACAUGUUUCCAAAGGGCACCAAGCGCAAGUUCCUGGACUCGGCGGCGGCGGAGGAGGCGGCGGCGGCGAGCGCUCGGACGCCGUCGCCCUCGUACAGUCUCCAGCGCCAGUCUCUCCUGGACAUGUCGCUGAUUAAACUUCAGCUGUGCCACAUGCUGGUGGAGCCCAACCUGUGCCGCUCGGUGCUCAUCGCCAACACGGUGCGGCAAAUCCAGGAGGAGAUGACGCAGGACGGCACGUGGCAGCUCAUGACCCAGGCGCUGGCCGCCGCCCAGUGCCCCGCGGACCGCCUGGUGGCCACCGAGGUGCUGUGCCGGCAGUCGGACGGUCAGAGCCCCAAGCCCUACCCGGGCGAGGGCUACCGUUCGGAAGAGGCGCUGAUGGAAGGCGGGGACGCCCCCAAGGAGGUCUCGUACAUGGCGGGCCCCUUCGGGAUGGGCCCCUGCUGGGAGGAGCGCGAGGACGACGACGGCGACGGCGAGGACGAGGAGGACGCCGCCGAGGAGUCGGAGGGCGAGGACCCCGACGAGCGUCCCCGAGCGGACUCUGGCGCCGGGGAGCAGCUUUUCGGCACCUUCGAGAUCAAGCAGCAGCCGCCGCCGGCGCCUCCGCCGGACCCGGCCCUGGAGGAGCUCUUCUCGGACGUGGACCCGUCCUACUACGAGCUGGACACGGUGCUGACGGGCAUGCAGAGCGCCCCCAAGAUGGGACCUUACGACCUGCUGGAGAGUUUGUCCUCCCACGGGCCGCCGCCCCUCAGCCCCGGCGCCAGCUGCCGGUCGGAUCUGAACGAACUGGACCACAUCAUGGAGAUCAUCGUGGGCUCCUGAAGCCCGGCGCCGCCGCCGCCGCGGACUUGCUGAAUGUUGCUUUUGUUACACGGCUACAUUUGGGGAGGGUGUCAAAUGUACUGCGAGCCAAAAAUGGUUUUUUUUGUUUUUUUUUUUUUCGGAUCGGCAGCUCUCGUCGGGACUUUUUUUUUCCUCUCCCUUUUUGUGUUUCUUUUUACUCUUACAGUAUAUUCCAGAAUUGGGCGGGGGGCUGGGGGGGGGGUCGGUUCACAAGUCCGCUCGCAAAGGGAUGGAAAAUUUCAUGCAAAUUUUCCAAAAUUUUAGCUCAAGAAAGUCAAGCUGGAGAACUUUGGAAAGAUUCCAAAUUGGAAACUUUUGUGGGAAUUUCAUGGAUGUAGAACUAGAACCUCAGGUUGGGUGAGACCCGAUAGCGGGUAUCUGGACUGGGCCGUUCCGGGCCUCAUUUCAAAGUACACGGUACGUGUGAAGGCCGCCGAUACGAAGGCAAAAAAAAAAAAAAAAACAACCCAAAAAUCUUCCACAGAGUAAGUCCUCCUCACCAGGAGAUGGCGCUGCACUACGGGCGUUUGACACUGGCGAAUCAUGGUGUCUUUGUUGACAAUUAUACGUUUUUGUGACAUGAGGCCAAACCCCAAAAAAUGUGGUUCCGAUUUACACUUUUUUUUUUUUUUUACAAAGCACGGACAGUGUGCCGCCAUUUUCUCGUCAGUUCUCGUUGUUGAUUCACGCUCGCGGGUCCGUCACGAGAUCAAAGUUUGUGAAGGCUCGGCCUAAAAAAAUGGGUCAUGGCAAAAUAUGAAACCGUAACUCGACUUGAUGUAGGGUCGGGCGGGAAAUCGGAACUACAAGGUUGUUGUUUUUUUUUUUUUCUCAAUUUUCUGCAUCAAAAGUACUCGCGGUAUUUGUGUGUACUCAAUACUCGUAAAGUGGUAUCAAACGCGACUGCAAGAAAACUCCUUUUUUGCCCCCCCCCCCAAAAAAAAAAAAUAUAUAUAUAUAUUUCGUUUUUCUUGCCCAUGAAUUCCCACGGAACGUUUCCAGCAUUUUCCAAUUGCGUCUUCUCCCCACGUCGACGUCCCCUCGCGCUCGUUCCCCAUUUUUCACACUACAAGUACGCAAACGACGGCGGCCCACGUCGAACGUUCAGAUGGAACCGCCCGUGCGUAUUUUUCCUAAAGAUUUGAGCAAUUAUGAAUGGAAUAUGUAUAUGUACGUAUAUGUAAAUAGAAAUAUAUUUUUUUGCAUUAUACAGUUGAGGGGGGGUAUUUUUUGCAAGUAUCAUUUGAUAUUCCUAUUCCUAUCAUUUUCUGAGAUUUUAACGUAGCCACAUUUGAGACUCGUGUCUUCCUGAUUGUCACUUUUUUAUUUUUUGUCGGCGCUGUUUUUAACUUCACUUGCUCCAUUUUUUUUUUUUUUUUUGUAGCCCAGGGAAGCAAAACCAUACUUUUCUAUCCAGCUCAUCCAGAAGAAGCCAUAUUGCUAAUUUAUUCUUCUUUUUUUUUUUUUAAUUUAUUGUAUUUAUUCUGUCUGUAGGUACAUCCGAGCCACACACACAGGUCGAGCAUUCGGCCCGAAUGAAAUUUGUCACUUCUUUUUUUUUUUUUUGGUGCAGUACCUAUUUAUUCUUCUUCUUCUUCUUUUUUGUUUGAAUCAUCCCAAGAACCGGGUCACAAUUCCAAUCACUAUGCAGCUCCGUCUCACGCGUCACAAACAAAAAAUGAUUGUAAACGACUCCAAUGUCCUUUAAAGUCCUUUUAUGCAAACAGUUGCCUUUCUGCAAAACGAAAAAGAGGAGGCGGCGGCGACGGCGGCGGCGGCGGCGGAGAAGAACUCAGGCAAUGUCAACGUGUAUUCUCGUACGCACGCACGCACGCAAAAACCUGUUCAGUAUUACAAACACACACACACACACCUGAAGGAUGUCACUCACGCUGUUUGCAAUGGGAGCUAGAACUUCAAAGACUUCUUACUACCGUUGUCAAAAAUGUAUGCAUUUUUUUUAUAUCCAGACAAAAAAACCUUGUAGCGUCUUUGUAAAUAUUUUUUAUAAUAAAAGAUGCGACUAUUGCUUGCGUCCAGCGCCUUUGUACGGCCCGGGAAGCCGUCGUUCGAUCGACCCGGAAUUUUGUGAACGUACUUGUAUGGUGAUUGGGAUCAUAACCCAAUAAUAACGCACGCAUCCUAAUGUCAAAUUGGCUCAACGGUUUCAGAUGAUUCAAAUUGGCUGUGUGCUCGUAGGUCGACCUGGCCCAUAUUAAUGAUACAGGGUGGCGCAGCUGGUAAAGCCUUGGACUGACGGUUCUGAGGACCCGGGUUCGAUCCCGGCCCCGCGUGUUCUCCCCGUGGCCCCGAACUCCACUGAAGGUUUUCCUUUCUCGCGGGGCCGAUGGCGAGGGGGACGACGUCGUGUCGUAGGUCGACGAAAAACUCCCAACUUCGCUCGCGGUUUUCUGUCCCGCGACCCGACCCGACCCGACGAUCCGUCGCUUCGCUGAGCAACUCGUGGAGUAGGAAAAGAAUAGAAACUGAGCGGGCGCGCUUGGAGCGCCAACGCGUCUUUGAUUCGGGAUUCGGACCUGCUGCUGACUCAGCAAAGAAGGAAAAAGAAGCGAAGCCAUUCAGCAAGAAGACGUCACAUGUUAACGUGGACCUUGUACAAAUUCGACGGGAGAUUAUUAGUCUCCAAAAGUUAAAAUACCUGACUGGGACCCUGAACUGGUCGCCGUCUACCACGAGCAAACGACCAAUCGCACCUACGGGCAAUUCAGUGUCUCGGGUUAACCUCGCGCGUGCGUGCGGGCGUCUUUUUGAGACGUGGGAGGAAAGCGGGGGGCGGGAUUUGAACCGGGUCCUCAGACCUGUGAGGCGCACUCGCAAAGCAGACAUUCCAACGAGUCUCCACAAAUCCAUCCAUUUUCUUUGCCGCUUAUCCUCACAAGGGUGGCGGGGAGCGCUGGCCCAUUGCAGGCCACAGAGAGAUAAUCACACCUAGGUGUUGUACAUUUUGGGGAUGGGAAUUGGAAACCCACGCAGGUAACAGGGAGAGCGUGCAAACGCCACACAGGCGGGUUCGAACCCGGGUCCUCAGACCUGUGAGGCGCAAACUCCGACCACACAAACCCUCUUCAUGUAAAAUAAUUGUUGUCCGUUUAGGAUUUUUUUUCCACCUCUCGUCGUAUUUUUUAAAAAAAUACACACUCGUCGUAUUCCCCCGACCCUAUUGAGGAUAAGCGCCUCAGAAAAUGGACGGACGGCUGGAUUCUUUGGUGUUGCGUAAUAUUUAAAAUAUUUUUUGAUUCCCUUCUCGUGAAACCUAUUGCGUUGUCUUUCCCACGAUGUGACAAUUUUGUCAUCCUGAACGUGUCGUCGUACUUCCUUUUACGACUUUUAUUUCUUUCACAUCCGACUACAAGUAAAAUGGCAGCCUUUUUGCUGUCAAACUUUAUUUCGUAACUUUGCCCUUGUGUUGCUUUUGACAAAUAGAACCACUGGAUUUCCUGAAUUUUACACACGCUUUUAAUAUUUUCGCGUCAACGGGCUGCAGCGGGUUUGAUUUUUUUUUUUUGUUGUUUGAAAUGACCAUACGGACACAAUAAGGGAAGUGGGUCGAACCGCAAUGAACGACAAGUUCGCCAAAGAAGGAAAGAAAGAAAGAGGAAAAAAAAAGAGAAAAGCAGAGAAAAAGCGAGCAAAGCUCGCGUGACGUUUUGGAGGAAGAGGAAGUGAACGGGGGGGGGAGUCCUUAUUUGGUAUGAUCCAACGGCUUCCGGGCACGCCCCCGAACUCCUUGGCGCUGAGUCAUCUGGCCCUUUAAAAUGUGGCGUUC